AUGGCACAUCCCUGCGUUCAUUUCGUCUAUUUCUACCACCUCCUUGGCAUAACAUACGAUGCCCCGCUCAGCACAAUAAAAGCAGCGUACCACAAAGCUCUUCUUGCCUCGCAUCCAGACAAACGAUCAUCUUCGUCCGCUGCACCACGCGUAGAUGUCGACAUCGCACUCCUCAAAGAAGCGUAUACAACCUUGUCAAACGUAUCGUCCCGUAUAGCCUAUGAUAGUAUCCUUCGAAACGCUCGAGUAAAGAUAUCCACUGGACCGCGUCCUGCGCAGGUCAUCUCGCUAGAAGAUUUUGAGGAGGCAGAGGAGGGUGUUUGGACACAUGCUUGUAGAUGUGGUGGGGCAUAUAAGAUCGCUGAGGAAGACAUGGAUGCAGGAAGACAUCUGGUCGGUUGUGAGAGUUGUUCUGAGGUUGUAUGGAUAGGAUAUGAGCUCAUUGACGACGAGCAUCACGAUGCGGGUGGUAAUUGA